UAAAAUAAUUCUCACAUAUUUUGCUGUCGACUGUCAAGACAUAGUCUCUAUACCACAAAAUACAAAAUAUUCCGUCUAAAAUUACUAGAUGUGUCUGUGGUAGAGACUGUUUUUUAUGCCAAUCUCACGUGUUUACCAACAUUUCUAUCGACUAGGACGUUAUGAAAUCAACAUACGAACCAAAGUGCAACACAGGUGACUCCCACGUUUGUAGCAAUUCUUAGGUAAACAGUGAAGUGAGACAGUUUAAAGAGUGUGGUUAAAAAAGUGGUGUGAAGUAGUGAAUCACCAUGUCCACAUCAUAUUCAAUGACUCCGGAAAGCGAUGCAUGGGCCCUUCUCGCUCUAAAAUCGGCUCCCGCGAGUCCUUCGAAGGUACAGUGGAGCCCCGACGUAAAAGGGGAACCGAUUGCUCGAAUAGAAGGCCGUGAAUUCGAGUACCUCGUUCGGCAGGAUCGGAUUAUUAUAGGUAGGAACAGUUCACGUGGUGAUGUAGAUGUAAAUAUGGGACAUUCUAGUUUUAUUUCGCGAAGGCAUUUAGAAGUUUUCUUCGAACACCCUUAUUUUUACAUGCUGUGUAAUGGAAAAAAUGGUGUAUUUAUCGAUGGAGUAUUUCAGAGGAAAGGAGCCCCUUCAAUCAAGUUACCCAAGACGUGCACCUUUAGGUUUCCCAGUACAAAUAUCCGAUUAUCGUUUCAAUCGUUGGUCGACGACAAUUCGGAGCCACCUCCUAAAGUCAGGGAGGUUUCGCCGAGCAGGAUAAGGGAUCGUUCAGGGGGUGGAAGCGGGUCUACGCUCCACCCUCUGAGAAUCAAUAUCCCCGAUGGUGUAGACUAUGGUAGUCCAUUCCCUUCGCCUACUGGUACCAUCAGUGCUGCCAAUAGUUGUCCAGCUAGCCCACGUGGUGGGCACGGAUCUCACAGCAGUAACCAUGGUAAAAGAAACGUUCAAGCAGAUCUGCAAAUGGUAGCCCAAUAUGCUGCUCAAGUCGCCCAUCGAGAUGACACUCAUCAUGUUCCUCAAAGCCAUAGUCCUGACUACAGACAACCUACUUCAAAUGGAAACUCGAUGCCUUCCGUCGUGGUAAGCGAAGUACCAUACGGAGCAAGCAGUAGCAGUAAAGAUGAUUCGAAGCCGCCAUACUCGUAUGCGCAGCUUAUAGUACAAGCAAUAGCAAGUGCACCCGAUAAGCAGCUUACCUUAUCCGGAAUAUAUAGUUAUAUAACAAAGCACUAUCCUUACUAUCGUACGGCCGACAAGGGUUGGCAAAACUCAAUUAGACAUAACCUUAGUCUUAACAGAUAUUUUAUUAAGGUACCGAGAAGUCAAGAAGAACCAGGUAAAGGUUCGUUUUGGAGAAUUGAUCCUCAGUCUGAAUCGAAAUUAAUUGAACAGGCAUUUAGAAGAAGGAGACAGCGAGGCGUCUCGUGUUUCCGAGCACCAUUUGGUUUAAGUUCCAGAAGUGCCCCUGCUUCUCCUUCACACGUUAGCAUGUCGGACAUAAUGACGCCAGAGUGUUUAUCGAGAGAAGGUUCCCCUACGAUGGAGCACCUCGUCGACAUCAGUCAGUCUGCACCAGGAAGUCCCGGUAAUCCGGUGACCGCAUACGCUGGCUCUGGAGGUAUGAUAGGUCAUCAACAAAUGUCGGCAUUGGUAGGUGCCACUAAGGCUAGAUUAUUGUUGCCUCAUCCUGUUGACAAUAUUACAGAAGUUACUACUUCCAAUGGGCAAGAAUAUAGAGAAGAAAAAUUCAAUAUUGAAGAAAGGUCAAUGUCUCCAGGAGGAUUUUCAUCACAACCUGUUAUAGUUCAAGCUGCAAACUAUGCUUACAGCACCGGACAUUACUCUAACAUCGGUAUGGAUUUGAAGAGGCAUAUGGACGAACAAAGCGUGGGAAGUCCUUCUAGUUCUGGAGAAAAUUUAGAUGGAGAAAUUGAAAUUAAAAGACCCAGAUUCGGUCAAGUGAAGUUCGAGACGGAAUAAAAUUCCCGAUAGUGAAAAUCGUCAGCGAUCUUAUUGUGCUUUAAAAAAAUUACUUGGAAUCCAUAGACAUAUGGAACAAAACUCACAAUUUAUCGAAAGUAGAUUCGUCAUCAUUUAUGUCAGACAUGUUUAAUAAUAGUAUUUUCUCUAUUUAGAAAGUAUUUCUUUAUUAAUUAUCCCAAAGUAAUUCACGUACAGUGUCUGCCAAAACUUCAGAAUUUGAUCAAAAUCAAAGCUAAGUACAUAUACCCUUUUUACUACAAAAACAUGUUCAUUCAAGAUUCAUUGCGUCAUUCAAGAUGUCUGACGCCAGAGCAUUGCCAAAACAUUAGAAUACGACUUUUCAUCAUGGCCAUGUUUUUUGUACAGUGAGAAGCUAGGCAUCAUUACAUGUCAGAUAUAUUUUUCUUUGUUUUUGUUUACUGUACAAAUAAUAUCUAUAAUUCGUUAUUCUAAUUAGUGAUAUCAAUCGGUUUUCAUUACUUGCUAAAAUAUAUUAAUUAACAACAAUAUUAUCGUAGUGCAUAAUCAAUAAAAUUAAUAUUAUAUGUAUUCCGAUGGUGUGUGUGUUGACGGAAACAGUUAUAUAAAAUAAUAUUAAUUAAAACGCAAACAACUGUCAAUAAUAUACUUAUUUAUUUUUGGUAAUAAAAAGCGUGUUUUGCUUAUAUCUCGAAAGGGUAUGUUGUUGACCUAUUCCUACGACCGCUGGGUUGUGUCUCUCCACGGUAGACUGUGAAUCGACCCUUAGUUAUAUAUCGACUGACUGUGGCUGAAAAAAAAAACCACAAACGCUAAUAUGUUUGUGUUUCUACAAUAUGGCUAGAAAAGGCAAUAAAUUACUACAUCUGGCGUUUUAAAAGUUGAGAACCUUUCUGUAUUUUAAGAAGUUGACAUAAAGAGCGUGGCCAGUGUAGCCUCGAAAUCUAUUAGUGUUUCCUUGAAAAAAACAUUAAUUUUAUACCAUCUGGUUUUGUGUUUUACGAACGAAAACACAUGUGAAUUUUAAAUGACCGUUUUGAGGAAAGUUAUUAAAAAGUAAAAUUAGCAAAAAUAAUAAUUAAAGCUUGUCGCCACAUAUGUACUGAAGAUUUCCACAGUUUUCACUAUAUUUCGUCACUCAAUCGUUCUCUCCAGUUCUUUCAGUUUUGCCAGUCUCCUACCUGCAGAUUUCUUCUAUCCAUUGAUUCGUCCACUUUAUUUCUGAAAGAUCUUCGGGGUCUGUCCGAAGUAUAGCUUCUCAUUGUACAAUAAACAUGCCCAUGAUGAAAAGUCAUAUUCUAAAGUUUUGGCAAUGCUCUGACGUCAGAAAUCUUGAAUGACGUAAGCGUGCUUUUGUAGUAAAAAGGUUAUACUUCUAAAUUGAUAGAAAGUUUUUACAUGUCCAGGGUAAGAUGAGUAUAUGAACUACGUUUCCUUAUUUCGUAUCUUAAAACACUUUAUGGUUAUUUUACUAUACGUAUACGUACCAAUAUAAUAUUAUGAUAAGCAUCUAAUAAUCUUAAAAAGAUUAAUGUUAAUUAUUAGGACCUAGUCCGACAAUAAAUAAAUGAUGCCUCAUACUGAUUUAUAAUUUUAUACAAAGUACUAUUGAUGAAUUAUAGUAGGUUUGUUCGUAGAACGAUCAGCAACCGUUGCCAACCAUCAGACGCAUGCGUGUUCGUAGUCUACGAUCUCUAACUGUUAACUGCGCUGCGCGAACUGUUAACUGCGCAUGCGUCUGAUGGUUGGCAACGGUUGCUGAUGGUUUGGAUCGUACUACGAACAAACCUAGUCUAGGCGCCAGAGGGGUCACCGUGUCCUUUUCAAUUCUGAUGGAGAAACUCAACGGUUUCUUAUGGAUUUUUGGCUGCUGAUUACGAAUUUCGAGGGUGGAUUUCGAUCCGAGUGAUCAAAAGAUUGUUAUAAACAAUUUAAUUAUUUAUAAGGCUCUGGCUCAUAAACUAAAAGAGAUAAAAAAAUUGUUUCAAAUAAAAUUUGUUCCUUAAUAAAAAACGAAGAAAAAAACGUUUACUAAAUUUAAAUCCAACAAUUAGAACUCAAGCUAUUGUAAAAUUAGUGCACAAUGCAAAUUGCAAAUUGCAAAAUAAGUAUUUUUCUAAGCUUUAUCGAUCGUAACUCGGCUUCUACGCAAGCAAAUUAGCUUCAGAAGGUCUCAUUUUAAAGCUUGAUUAGGCGAAUAGGCUUCCAAACAAAGUUUGUUAGAUUACUUUAUCUUCAUUUGUUUUAAAGUUAUACCCGUUUGAAGUUAUAAUUUUCUUAAAAAAUUAUACAUUAAUUUGUUUAUAAGGGUUUCAAGCAAAUUUGAGCUAUAAAUAUUUAUACUUUAAUUAACAAUAAUGAUAGAAGCACUCAAAAGGAACAGUUUGAGCUUAUGAAAAUGUUCGUAAGUUUAUUUUUGGCUAAGAUGUCGAUAUUUUAAUGGCGCGCUAUGAGACACAAGGUCGGCUCACAGUCAAGUAAGUAGGUAUUUUUCGACGCUUUAUCGAUCGUAACUCGGCUUCUACGCAUUGAAAUGAGCUUUUCAUGGUCUCAUUUUAAAGCUUAACUAAUAGACUUCCAAACAAAGUUUGCAAGAUAUGCGACCAAUGUCAAACUCAAUCCAAUUGCAUAUAAAAAGAGCAUUUUAUGUGGUGUACACACAAUUAACGUGCCUCGAAGAUACUGCAACAGAACUUGAUCCAGUUGUAUAUGGAUAUCAUAUAGAUUAUGAAACUCUGAGGCAACAAAAAGUUUUAAUUUUAAAGCCUUCAAGAUCAGAUUUAGUACCACCAUGUGUCUGUAAAAAUUGCCAUAAGAACUUAUGCAGAUAUAAAAAAGUUGAGAUUCCCUCUAUAUCUCGAUGCAGAUGUAUGAAAAAAAAAUGUCUGUAAAAAUAGUAAUAAUAAAUAAUAUCAGCUUACUUUUUAGUUGUAUUUCUGAAAUAUUAGUUUUUAAUGUUUUUUUUUCUCAUUUAGUACAAAAAAUGGAAGGCAAAUUAAAUAGAAUGAAAGGUGAUACGAGGUACAGUAUGAUGAUUUAAUUAUAAAAAUUAUAUAAUAAAAUUUUAUUAGGAUCUUCAAAAAUGAAACAUGAAGAUAACGUAUAUAUACAAUAUAUACAUAUUAUAAAUUAUAAUUUGCAUCGAGAAGUUAGCGCGUGAACCUUUACACUGUGAGCCAAUACUUAGUAAGACAAUAGCUUUACGAUGUGAGCUUGCGUCUCAUAGCGUGCCAUUAAAAUAUCGACAUCUUGGCCAAAAAUAAAUUUACGAACAUUUUCAUAAGCUCAAAUUGUUCCUUUUAAGUUCUUCUAUCAUUAUUGUUAAUUAAAGUAUAAAUGUUUAUAGCUCAAAUUUGCUUGAAACCCUUAUAAAAAAAUUAAUGCACAAUUUUUUUAAGAAAAUUAUAACUUCAAACCGGUAUAACUUUAAAAAUGAAGAUCAAAUAAUUUAACAAACUUUAUUUGGAAGCCUAUUAAUUAAGCUUUAAAAUGAGACCUUCUAAGGCUCAUUUGCUUAUGCAGAAGUCGAGUUAGGAUCGAUAAAGCGUUGAAAAAUACUUAUUUUGCAAUUUGCAUUGUGCACUAAUUUUACAAUAUUGUAAGUUCUAAUUGUUGGAUUUAAGUUUAGUAAACGUUUUUUUCUUGGUUUUUUAUUAAGGAACGAAUUUUAUUUGAAACAUUAUUUUUCAUCUCUUUUAGUUCAUGAGCCAGAGCCUUAUUAACAAUUUAUAAACAAUUAAAUUGUUUAUAACAAUUUUUUGACCACUCGGAUCGAAAUCCACCCUCGAAAUUGGUAAUCAGCAGCCAAAAAUCCAUAAGAGACCGUUGAGUUUGUCCAUCAGAACUGAAAAGGACACGGUGACCUCUAUUUGGCACCUAGACUAUUACUACAGUUGGUUUAUGAUACACGAAAAAUAUCGGUAAAGAAAAAUAGCUUAAUGCAAUUUGAACAUUGCUGCCAAGUCUCAACUAUUCAACAUGGGUUUUUCACCCAAUCUCUACGAUACAUUCAGUGUAAUAAUCAAUAUAAGACAAGUAGGUUAGGUAUAUAAAAUUAUUCUAUGUAAAAAAUGUAUAUUCAAUCAUUAUGGAAUAAAAAAAGGUACACGACAUGCAAAUAUUAAAAAAAAUUGCAAAUUUUUUAAUAGAACUCCAAGAGAUGAAUAUAGAGCUUACGUACAGUGCGAGCAUAAAGUAUGGAGACAUAAAGAUAUCUCUUAUCACUCCGUAUAAUAUAAUAAUAAAAUGUUGGUUAACUCCAUAAAAAAUAUUUUAGAGGUGUCAAAUCUGGGGAUCUUGCUGGCCAUUCGAUAGCUCCUCUUCUUCCAAUCCAUUUGGAAAUGUAUUGUGAAACUCACGAGCGUCUCGAAGAUAAUGAGGAGGUGCUCCAUCUUGCUGAAACCAAAUUGAUCUGCUCACGAGAUAUGGAUUUAUAUCAUUAGGAAAGAGUGGCUAAUUCUGGAAUUAACUCCAAUUCUAAAAAGGCCUAUUCUUCACCUAUUAUGGUUCUAUCCUAAAAAUAAGGCUCAAAAAAGAAUGUCUGUGCACUUUGUACGCACGUAAGAAGUUAUACUUCUAUUAUAUGCUUUCAACGAAAUCAAUAUACUUUAAACAGUUUAUUUAUAUUUUAUUUCAAUAUUAAACUAAUUUUAAUACUCACUACUUUCCAAAAAUUUUUAUUAAAACAAUACCAAAAAUUAAAAAAAUAAAAGAAUAAAACACACGCAAACACAUUGAAAAAUGAAACAAAGAAAUUAUUUCUGAACAAUAAUUGUUGACAAAAAUUUUAAUUAAAUACGUAUUUUCUGAAGAAAAAUAUAUAAUAAAUAUACUUACAAUCAUAAAAUGUAUAAAAAAAAUUAAAAAAAUAAAAAUUUGCAUUGGGAAUUGAACCUGCGUCUAUAAGGUUGUUAGAUUUUGAACUCACCGCACGCAGAACUUAGCUAGCGAGGCAUUUGAAUGAUGUGGGAAGAUAUAGCAACUAAACAUUUUAAACUUUUUUGACAGUUGCUUAUUCUCUUAGUUUAAUUAAAUAAGUUUGAUUCUUGCGGAAUUAAAAUAUUAAAAUACAACAAAAUAUAGACUAAUAAAGCAAUUUAUUAGAUAUGAAGAUUGGUAGAAAUUGUAUUGGUAAUCAAAUUAUGUAAAUCAAAGCAUUGCCUAAUAUAGGUACCUACAUUUUCCAAAUAGGUAUGUAGGUCCUAAUCUUUUAAUACAAUACUGAAACAUUUAAAAUUACGUACCGGUUGCUUUUAAAAACUGUUUAAAAACUCACUACAAUUAUAAACUUGCUUUUUGUGUCUGUCCUCACAACAAUAAAUACUAAUAUACUACAUACAAUUUGUUUACCCAUAACCAUUGACGUAUUAAUAAAAUAACCGACAUAUUGAACAAUUGUUGACAGGUCAUUGUAAUUACCCAAUCAGAGGACGUAUAACGUUUAAGCUGUGUCGGGUACCAAGAUUUUGAUGAUUUCGCGCACAUAUAAAUUUACUAUCAACGCGCCUAAAGAAUUAUAACUUCAAUAAUGGUGUUAUCAAAAAUUUCUGCCCACAAAUUGAUCUUUUGUCGAUACUGCGAAACUGUAAUGAAAUAUUGUAAAAUAUACGAAUCGUCCUAUGUAAAAAUUGGCGUAUUAAGGUACUAGUACACUUUAGAAGACCAAAAAUAAGCAUUUUUUCAAGAUUUUUUUUUCUCAGAACCUUUAUUAAAAAUGAACAUAAAACUUUUUACAUAUUAAUAUCUAACUCUUAAAAAAUAUAAAAAAUAUAUCUUUUCAUUUAUGCACGUACACUAAUAUUGUAGAGGGCGCCAAAUUGGAGGCCUCGAAAAGAAGUAGUUCCGAUGGCGGACUGAUGAUCUCAGGAUUGGAAUCUCUGAAACAAAAAAAUCGUACGGCAUUUGAAAAAGGAAGGUUUCUUACGUGAUAAUUUACGACCGUUAGUGAAAAAUUGCGCAAUAAAAGAUUUUCCGGAAAUUUGAAAAACAUUUGUGAAAAAUCGCUUAUUUUUCUUCAGUAUUUCAUGGUUAAAAAUAUUUCUUUUGUAUUUUAAUACUCAAAUCCUUCCUUUUUCAAAUGCAGUACGAUAUUUUUGUUUCGGAUAUCCCAAUCCUGAGAUUAACUGUCCGCCAUCAUUUUUCGAGGCCUCAACUUUUGCGCCCUCUACAAUAUUAGUGUACGUGCAUAAUAGAAAAAAUAUAUAUUUUUUGUACUCUCUAAGAGUUAGAUAUUAAUAUGUAGAAAGUUUUAUGUUCAUUUUUAAUAAAGGUUCUAAUAAAAAAAUUCUUGAAAAAAAAAAAAGAUUAUUUUUGGUCUUCUAAAGUGUACUAGUACCUUAACCGUAUAUCCUAGGCGACAAAUUGGAUUGUAGCUGCCCAGGACAGAGAAGGGUGGAGACAUCUUGAGGAGGCCUAUGUCUGGCAGUGGACAACUUUGGCUGUGUGAUGAUGGUGAUGUACAUUUGGCAACGUCGAAAAUAUAAAAUUUUAAAUCGCUGGUCGAUCUAAUAUACAUUAUCCACCAUUUUGUUACUAUAUCAUACGGGGUGUCAUAGAUAUCUUUAUGUUUCCAUACUUAUGUGCACUGUAUACAGUGAUGAGUGCGCUAAUAACCGGCAAAAUAGCGCAAAAGAUGGAAAAUAUAAUACAUUGCGCAACAAAAAGAGAUGAACUAGUGGAGGUGGAAAUGACCGUUAUAAACGUAUAAAUUAACAACAUUACAUUACAUGUAAAAUUUAAUAAAAAAAUUUUGUUCUGGUAAAAGAUAUAUUAGUUAAAAAGCCUCUAUAUAAACAUAGAAACAAAACGUUUUAGCUCUGUAACAAGAGCAUCAUCAGUGUUACAAGAACAUGGUAAGCUACCCAAAAAUACAAAGGUUAAAACCUUUUAAAAAUAGACUAAAAGUCUUAUAUAAAUGUAAACAUCGUAAAAUCCAAAGAAUGGAUAUAAUUCCUAUGUAUGUGGCUUUAUGGCAACAUAUGACUCCCACAUGUGGUAAGUGGGUUAAUAGGUAAUAAUUAAUUAGUCACCUGUCACCUCUUGUAACAUAAUGACCUAAUUAAUUAUUACCUAUUAACCCACUUACCACGUGUGGGAGUCAUAUGUUGCCAUAAAGCCACAUCCAUAGGAAUUAUAUCCAUCCUUUGGAUUUUACGAUGUUUGCAUCUAUAUAAGACUUUUAGUCUGUUUUUGAAAGGCUUUGACUUUUGUAUUUUUUGGUUGGCUCACCAUGUUCUUGUAACACUGAUGAUGCUCUUGUUACAGAGCGAAAACGUUUUGUUUGUAUGUUUGUAGCCCUAUAGGGGCUUUUUAAACUAAUAUACCUUUUACCUCUACAACAAUUUUUUAAUUAAAUUUUACUUGUAAUUAAUGGUAUACAGCCAGCUACAGGAAAUUCUUCCUUGUGGAUUAUUACAUUACAUAGUUUUCCACCUUUAGACGUCUAUGACAUUAGUAUUUUAUAAAAUUCUACUGUCACACUGACAGUUGUCAUACUCCUCUGAUACAUCUAAAGGUGGGAAAGUAUGUAAUGUAAUGUUAAUUUAUACGUUUACAACGAUCAUUUCCAUCUCCACUAGUUUCAUCUUUUUGUUUCGCAAUGCAUUGUUUUCCAUCUUUUGCGCUAUUUUGUCGGUUAUUAGCGCGUUCAUCACUGUAUAUUACAACACUGCAAGUUUAGUCUACUCCUACUCUUUGGUCACUGGGAAGGCCACUGCUGCGAUGUGAGUGAGUGAGUUUAGUAUUAAUAAUUGUACUAUUAAGAUAUGUAUGUUUUAGCACUUAAACAAGGAAAAUAAAAUGUUACGUCGCUUUAAUUUACCAAAUCUUUCUUUCGGUAUUGAUUUUUAUCUGUUUUCCUAAUCGUUGAUAAAUUAAAAAAUGAAUUUAAUAAGAAAUAAAGAAGAUUUCUGAUUAAAUUAUUAUUUAUUAAAAAAUAUUUCAGUAGGUGUUUUAUUCAUCUAAUAUUGGUUUAUAAUUGUAACCUGUUUUAACCUUUUUUGACUGAGCUGGAAAGACUAUAAACCGACUAGGGAAGGUACUAUUAGAUCCGGAAAGGAACACAUGCUAGGAUAUAGCAUCCAGUCCCCAACCAGUCUUCUUCUUUUUCUUGUGCCACUUCUAUCGGAGAUUGGAAAUCAUCAAGGUUAUCCUGACCUUGUUUACAGCUGACCUAAAAAGUUCAUUAGUGGUGCAGCUAAACCACUCUCUCAAAUUCCGCAACCAUGACAUUCUUCUACGGCCUGGAUUCCAUUUUCCUUCUAUUUUUCCUUGCAUUAUAUUUUGAAGUAAUGCGUAUUUAUAUCCUCUCAUCAGGUGACCCAGAUAUUCAAGUUUUAUCGUUAACAAUCGGGUCUUUUCAUAUCCUUCGUAAUACUUCAAGGUUUGUGACUCUUUCAACCCAACUUAUCUUCAGCAUUCGACGGUAGCACCACAUCUCAAAACUUUCAAUAUUUUUUAUGUUCUAUUUGGGAGUCCAGGCCUCUACACCAUAUAAUAUCGUGUUAAAUACGUAGCCUCUUAGCAUUCUUAAUCGUAGAGGGAGCUACCUGCAAUCUCUGUUGCAGAAGAAUUUUCUCAUCUUUAUGAAGGUGGCCCUGGCAAUUUCGAUACGUCUUUUUAUUUCAUUGUCUUGGUCUCCAGUUUCGUUUAUUAAAGUUCCGAAGUAUUUGUAAUGUGAUACUUUUUCAAUUUGAUUGCCGUUUAUACUAAUAUGUGCUGGUUGUGUCAUGAUUUUACUGAAGACCAUAUACUUGGGAUUUUUUGAUAUUGACGUUUAUGCCAUAAUUGUUGCAAGCAAUAUUUAUGUUUGUAAGUAAUCGUUGUAAUUCUUCUACUGUUCUUGCAACUAGUACAGUGUCGUCCCGUAUCGAAUAUUAUUUACAACCUCUCCAUUGAUUACGAUUCCUUCGUUUGCUUGCAAAAGGGCUUCCUGACAGAUGCUUUCACUAUAUACAUUAAAUACCAGUGGUGACAAACCCAACCAGUCACCUACCAACUAAAUCCGUCUCUUCUACAAGCAGGGCACCACCGGACGAGUUCCGUUCAAUCGGUGAACCAGACAUUGGGACACCUUUAGCAAUCUGAAAAUUUGACAGGAGAACUUAAAAUAACAUGAAGAGGCAGUAUUGUAAAGAAACAAAAAUAUGGUAAGAUAAAAAGUGCUGGUGUAUAUGGUUUGACAAGGGGGGGAUGUAAAAAUAAAAGAGGAGGAGGUCUUAAAAACAUCUUACGUAAUAUAAUUAUAGAUCUGGUUGUAAAGGUGCCGUCUAUUCCGUCGUACGUUCAGGCUGUAAGGGAGCAUGAUCGCAUUAUAUGAAAUUUGUUACUUUAUCCACCCUGUUCCUUCGUUUCUCUUUCUAGCGUCUCCUUUUUCUGUUUUUUUUUGCGUAAUUAGUUCCACAGUACGUAGGCUUCUUUGUUCUCCAUCGCUUUUUGUAUCAAAUUAUUAGGUUUUAUCGUUCCUAGCCUUGAUGGGAGAAGUUCCUAACCUUGAUGAAUAGAGGGUAGGAGAAGCUUAGGAAAUAGACGCGUUUCCUGAUUGAAGAACCUGAGAGAGUGGUUUGGUUGCAGCUCACGGCAUUUGUUCAGAGGAGCUGCCUUGAAGGUCAAAAUAGCCAUGAUGAUGGCCAACCUUCGUCACGGAGAUGGCACUUAAAGAAGAAGCCUUGAUGGUUCUCUUUGGAAAACAGUGCAAACAAAAAUGCAGUUUUCUGCGUCGUCUAUGACGCUACAAUCUAUACAUAAAUCAUUUGUGCUCUUUAUUCGACGUAUGCGCUAUCUAAAGAAGGCAUGGCCAGUGAGAAAUUGUGUAAAAUAAUAAUUUAACCUUCUGAACCUGAAUUUGGACCAUCUUAGCACAUCAUAUAAUACGUGGUGACAGAUAUAAACUCCUAAAAUUAAUAAUGCAGGGAAAGAUUUAAGGGAGGCGCAGCAUAGAAGGUCCUGGCUGAGAAACAUCAGAGAAUGGUUUGAUGCAGCUCAACUGAACUCUUUCGGGCUGUAGUGUCAAAAGUUAGAAUAGCAAUGAUGAUUGGCACCUUCGUCGCGGAGAUGGCACGUAAAGAAGAAGACCACGUUAGAGAUUAACAUUUUGGUCCUUUGAGCCUUCGCUUUUUGUGCAUCCCAUUCAUUUUUCCAUUUUUGGAGCAUAGCUAUAUGAUCCUACUUCCGGUUAAUGAUCGUUUUCUCUGUUAUAUAGAGUUUCUCUUUCUUUAGGCAGGAGGUGAAUUGGGAGAGUACCCGUUAUGACCUUUAGGGCAGUCCUAGAAGUAGUCAGAUGCACUCUUGCUACCUUUGGAAGGGAUUUGUUUGUGCCUUUGUUAGCAGUUCCUGAUAUAUAGCUUUUCUCAAGGCUUCCUACCAAACGGGAGUAUGUAUUCUAGUUCCUAAUCUGCCAUGAUAUUUGUCGUAACAACAGUUUUGAAAAUCUAGCAAAUGUAAAUUUUACAGUUCAAUAUUUAGUUUACAUGAACUUAAAAUAAACUAUAUUCAUUGCAAUAAAUCGAGCAAUAAUUUAACACCAAUAUUAAUAAUACGUAUAGCUUUUAAUAUAAAAUAAAAAAACCUAAAAAAGACAGUUGUUAAAACAUAAUUUCUGCAAACACCAUUUUUUAUUGCACUAACAGUUUAAUAAAACUAUAAACUCAUAUCUCACAAAGUGUCACGUCUAUGGGUCAAGUAUUUAUCGUUAGAUGACACUAGUGUCAUUAUACGAUUAUCCAAAAUCAACGACGCACCGAACACAAACAGUUGGUUUUUUUUCCAACUCAUACUUUUUUUAGUGCGGUUUGGAAUGCACACUAAAAAACGCUGUCCACACCUAUGUUUACAAAUAUGUUUUCUCAAUUUGUAGUAGGUAUCUGUAAACUUCGAUAUCAAAAAAUUAUCGAACGAUGAACGAAGAAAAUGAUGAACGAUGUCCAGUAAAAAUCCGAAGUAUAACUGUAAUGGAGUUAUGUAUAGAUAAAUCUUUUGAAGAAUUGAGAUAUGAAGAAUAUAAGAUAAACAACAAAAGCUGUAAACUUCGAUAUCAAAAAAUUAUCGAACAAUGAACGAAGAAAAUGAUGAACGAUGUCCAGUAAGAAUCCGAAGUAUAACUGUAAUGGAGUUAUGUAUAGAUAAAUCUUUUGAAGAAUUGAGAUAUGAAGAAUAUAAGAUAAACAACAAAAGCUGUAAACUUCGAUAUCAAAAAAUUAUCGAACAAUGAACGAAGAAAAUGAUGAACGAUAUCCAGUAAGAAUCCGAAGUACAACUGUAAUGAAGUUAUGUAUAGAUAAAUCUUUUGAAGAAUUGAGAUAUGAAGAAUAUAAGAUAAACAACAAAAGCUGUAAACUUCGAUAUCAAAAAAUUAUCGAAUGAUGAACGAAGAAAAUGAUGAACAAUGUCCAGUAAGAAUCCGAGGUAUAACUGUGAUGGAGUUAUGUAUAGAUAAAUCUUUUGAAAAAUUGAGAUAUGAAGAAUAUAAGAUAAACAACAAAAGCGGCAAGUAAACUAAAAAACAAUUAGGAAUGCAUGUCAUAUAUUUAAUUAUUACUUUAUUUAUAUGUCAUAUAUUUAAUGACAUGCUAACCCACAGGUACAAACUUGACGGCAAACAAAUUCAAUAAAUUUUUCCUCAUAUAUUAGUUUUUUCCGUUUACCAGGCGUUUACCAGGAAAACGCUGCUGCCAAAUAAAAAACAUAUAUCGCACCUCUGCUCAAAGAGUGUCAUAACUCAAAAAAUUUUAAAAUUGGUUAUAUUGCACCAUCAGUUUAAUAAAACUUCAAACUCCUAUCUCACAAAGUGUCACGUCUAUGGGCCAAGUAUUUAUCGUUAGAUGACACUAGUUUCAUUAUACGAUUAUCCAAAAUCAACGACGCACCGAACGCAAACAGUGUCACAUAUUGACUUGUGCAAAGCAGUUGUCCAUCUAAGAUGUGUAUAAAGCGUCGUUUGUCGAGUUACGACAGUAUAAUGUGAUUACUUUAUUCAAAACAAUCUGCGUAUGUGCUCAAGAAAAGUGACACAUUUAUCACUUAUUUAUCUUUCUUUUUGCAGUAUUUUGUGUUUAAUGGUGUUACUUGUAUUUAGAGUUACAUCAUUAAAAAGUAUAAGUUUGUUAAUCAGAUAAUAAUAAUGAUAUUAUAUUCUGUACUGCAAGUGUCACUUUUGAUAAAUAAUAUUUCGUAAAUUUUUCGUUAUUUUAUCUGUAUAGUGUUACAACUCAUUUUUUUUUAUAUAUGUAAUAUACUUAAUACGCUAUGUAAUAGAGCUUCAAAAACCAUUGGAACUGACUAAAAUAGUUAUUAUUCUAAUUUUAAUACUUUUUGAAUUAAGCCCGAAAAUGUGGGACAAACUUUAAACGUCGUUUUCUCGAAACUUUGCUUUUUUUACUUAUGGCACUCUUUGAGUGCAGGUACGAUAUCUCAGAAAUAGUGUAAAUCUUAAAUAUUUUUAGAUACAAAUUAAAAAUUUUGCUUAUACUUCUUUUAUUUUAAAUAACCGAUGAUCACUAUAAAUUGCGCAGCGGUGUGUCUGGUGCGAUUUUUUACGCAUUUAAACUGAUUGAUUUAAGAAUUUCUCAAAAAAGUAACCUCUACAAUCAUAGGUCAAAACGCGGUUCAUGUUAUAAUCUGUGAUCAAACGGAUUUUUGUUGUGCAAUAUUUACUGUUUUAUCAGUAGUCAGUAUUAGUUUGCCGGAUAAAAAACUGUUGUAGAAUUAGAUUGCGUAGUAAAAUUUAACAACUAUGAGGGGAGAUCAAAAAUUUCAGAACCAAUUCUUAGAAAAUUAUUUCAAAAUGUUAUAAAAAAAUCAUUCAAUAUUAUACCAUUCAAUCAAAGUAGUCUCCUAAAUAAAAAACGUUUAUUGCCCUAAUACAAACAUGCUAAACAGUUAUUUACAUUAUUAUUUAAAAAGCUCAACAGACCUUGAAAGCCUAGGGCUAAGUCUUUGUCUGGGUCUUCCCUUUCUUAUUUUCAUGAUAGGCCCUGUUUUAGGAUCAUUUUUGGCAUACUAUUCCUUUCCAUUCUCAUCACGUGUCCCAUCUUUCGCACUCUCUGUGCCUUUAUGAAGCAACUGAAGCUUGGUUCGUUGUACAGUUCUCCUAGCUCCCUGUUUGUUCGUCGCACCCAACCUUAAACCGCGUUUUUGCCUCCAUAAAUAGCUCUGAGCAUUUUCCUUUCCCAUCUUUCCAAUUUCUCCGUAUUUGCUUUAUUCAUUGUCCAUACUUCGCUACCAUACGUCACUGUGGGCCAUUUUUGGGAAAAGUUAUUUACCAGCAAUUUUAUUGCUGGAAUCGAAUCUUAUGAUUGUAUAUAUUAAUAAUAUAGGUAUGCAAAGUACGCAGAUAGUGUGCUACUUUUUUUAUAAACAAAGUGGCGCCCGAAAAUCGUGUUUUUUUAAAUUUUUGCUCCAUAAAGAUUUUAACUUUACACCAAAACGCCCAAAUAAAAAUUCACCGUAAUUAAAUUCAGCAUAGAGACGUGUUUUUCCCAAUUUACUUCGACGAAAAUUUUCCCCGGAAAAUGCGGGUUUUUCCAACAAAAUCUUUAAUUUUUAACUAAAAUUUUAGAUAAGUAAUUGUUUAUCAAUAAUUAAAUAACUUGAUAAUAUAAAAGCUCUUUUCCUAUAGAUUUUAAUUCCAGAAGCCUAAGGAAAAUGAAUGAACAGUUUAGCAACAAUUGAAUUGUUAAUUAAAAAUUUACGGUCGCUAUAAUAACCACAAUAAUUAUACAUAAUACAUAAGAAUAUCUAUGAUUUUUGUAUAAAAACGCACUAUACCUAUCUAAUGUACUUUACAGAAUUGAAAUUGGACUAUUUAAGCGGCCUCAGGAAUAUUUUAAAAUUAUAAACAAUUUUUUGGCUUAUAAACAAAUAGAAUAUCUCGGGAAAUAUUACAUUAAAUUAAACCAUGGAGACGGUAUUGGAAAGAAUUCGGCAGUACGCUUCUUUUAAACGAAAAAACGUUUAAUUGUGAUAAGCGGUUCCUAAAUUAAUUAAAUCUCAGGAACCACUCAUCACAAUUAAAAGUUUUUUUUUUUAAAGAAGCGUCCUGCCGCUUUUUUUUUCAAUAGCCUUUUCAUGAUUUAAUUUAAUAUUUCCCGAGACAUUCUAUUUGUUUAUAAGCCAAAAAAUUGUUUAUAAUUUUAAAAUAUUCCUGAGACCGCUUAAAUAGUCCAAUUUCAAUUCUGUAAAGUACAUUAUAUAGGUACAGUGUCUUUUUAUACAAAAAUCAUAGUUAUUUUUAUGUAUCAUAAUUAUUGUGGUUAUUAUAGCGACCGUAAAUUUUUAAUUAACAAUUUAAUUGUUGCUAAACUGUUCAUUCAAUAUCCAUCGGCUUCUGUAAUUACAAUCUAUACGAAAAGAGCUUUUAUUUUACCAAGGUAUUUAAUUAUUGAUAAACAAUUACUUACCUAAAAUUUUAGUUGUAAAUUAAAGAUUUUGUUGGAAAAACCCACAUUUUCCGAGGAAAAUUUUCGUCAAAAUAAAUCGGGAAAAACACGUACCUAUGCAGAAUUUAAAGUUAAAAUCUUUGGAGUUAUAGAGCAAAAAUUGAAAAAGAAACGCUUUUCGGGCGCAAUUUUGUUUAUAAAAAAAGUAGCACACUAUUUGCGGACUAUUAUUAAUAUAUACAAUCAUAAGAUUCGAUUCCAGCAAUAAAAUUGAUGGUAAAUAACUUUUCCUUGUAUUUUGCUAAUUAGCUGAGUAAAUAUCCUUAGCUUUGUUUUUCUCGAUACAUAUUUGGAUUUCAUCAGUGUUCUUAGGCUUUCCAUCUUUUUAUCCCUUUGCUAAUCUGGCAUUCAGUCCACAUUCUUCCUGACCUUUUUCAUCUGUAAUAACCAUACGUAAAAUGGAAAACUUCCUCGAAAUUAUAUUCCCUUGCUUCAUUAGAUAUGAUAGUAAACUGUCCUCUCUUUGCUCUGUAUUUCCGAGUAUCAUGUUCUUUGACUUUUCCUGGUUUAUUUUUAGGUCAAAGUAUUUUGCUUCCUUGUAUAAUUUUUUCAUAACAUUUCUUAAUUAUUUUCUUGUUUUCGUUAGCAUAGUAAGAUCAUCAGCGAAGGCCAGACAUUGAUGUUCAUAUUGUUGAAAACGGUUCCGGUCGUUUUAACUCGGCUAUUUCUGAUUAUUGUUUAAAUACAAAUUAAAAACCACCGUGGAUAAUGGAUCCUCUUGCCUAAGACCUCUGUUCAUCGUUCGAUGAGAAUCCUCUUCGUACUACCGGUACCAUAGUAGGUACCACCUGUAGGUACCAUCAUACUUACUACACUGCUUGGCUGUCUUCGACAACCACUUGGCUGGACCCUGGUUGGAUGGUUAAUCGGUUUAUGAGUAUCACGAUGUAUCCUUUGCAUUCUUUUUCUGGCGAGGAUAUCUCUGGUCUUAAGGAGUCUUCUUGUGGCCUGGUGGAAGAAAUUUCUGGUCUUAUUCACAGCCGACUCUCUCAGUGGUGUGUACUGGAGCCUUUCAUGGAUGGUUAUAUUAGGUAAACCAUGUCUUAAGGUAUCCAUACGUUAGUGCUCCGUGUAGCAGUUCCACAAAGUGGAUACGUUGGUGCUAGCCGCUCACUCUCUUCGAUUCAACCGGUUUGUGGUUUUAUGUAGGGGAGCGCAUAUUCAUUUGAGCAGCUACACGAGCACCAACGUAUGGGUACGUACCUUUACAAUGAUGAUUCAAGAGAUAUGUGGAAUGUGGUUUAGAUAUGAUGGGAUAAUGUUCUUCCUUUUAAUAUUUUCAAAAUAUCUGCCCUUCGUACAUAGGUGGUGCUAAGUCUGUUUUUAAACCAAGAGGAGUAAUUCAAAUUUCCCGCAUUUCACACUAUUGGCAUUUCAUAGGUUAAUUAAGUUAUAUCAGCGGUUUGUUGUAUUUUCUAAAAACAGUUGUUUUUAGAACUCUUUAGCGACGUAUUAGUAUAAUAUAAUAUUUAUGGAUUACCGUCAAAAGCCGAUAUGAUCGACCAAAAAAGAAGAUGUAUUUGGUGAUAUUUCUAGUGAAUCUGUCUUUUUAGUUUAUUCCUCUUGGUUUAAAAAUAAAGCUUAGUAAUACUGAAUAUAAUAAAGAAAACUAAACGGCGGCGGCGGUUUUAUAAACAAUAAAAGAACCCAACAUAAGAAAUAUGUUGGGUUAUGAAAGAAAUAUAUAUUAUGUUGGAUAAACAUAGGUGACUAUUUUACCCGACUUUCUCCUAAAAUUAUUCAUAAUCAUAUUAAAAAACUAGAUAUAGGUAAUGAAAUUUUUAAAGAAUUCAUAAGCUAGUAGCUUGAUGGCAAAUUAUUGAAAAACAUAAAAUUCGAAUAGAGAAUAAUGAAAAUAAUUUAUUAAAUGAUUUUUAUAAACGUUAUAACCUAGUAAAUGUAUUUAAUUUUGUUAAGUCAUAAUUGAUUAAUGUAUUAUAUAAUUUUUUUUAAAUGUUCCUGGUUGAUACAGUAGAUUUUGAUUUUCUAAAAUAACAACAAAUUUUAAUAUAGUUCUGAAAUUACUUUCUUGUGACAUUUCUAUAUUAUCUACUUUAUUUAUUGGAAAUAAACCAAACUUCUAGUUGAAAAUACGUUAUUUCCAAUUAAAAUUGUAGUUUAUUCGCAAAAUAUAUAGUUGAUAACAACAAUUUUGCUUUGAUUAAAAGCUUUGAAUUUAGCCUAUUUCGUUUAAAUGAAUUAUUGAUCCUGUAUAAAGACGGUUUUACAUGAUGCUAUUUUCAUGCUAGGCAAGAGCCAUGCAAGACAGAUUAUGCAACUGCGCAUGCCCACGCGCUAUUUCCAUGCAAUUCCUGUGCUAGACAAAAAAUUAAAACGUGUUCUAUUUUUCACGCUAUUUUGAUGCAGUUGUCAAAUUUCAUGUCGCCAAUCGCCAAAAAAGUUAAGCUUAUUGUGUAAAUUUAAAUGUUAUUUAUUGGAAGUAAUGAUAAUUUGGGAUUUAUACUUGAAUAUAGUUUUAAUGCUGGACUGAAAUUUCCAAGUGAAAUAUCUAAAGUUAAUGUUUUGGUAUAUUUCCUUUGCUGGCAACAAUGAAAGUGGUAGCAAAAAUUGCACAGAAAUAGCUCCGAUAUAAAAAGGUCAGGCUAGGCAAGAGAUAUGCCAUGCAAGACGGACUUGCAUAGCAUAAGACUUGCAUAGCCUAAAUGUAAAGCUGCUUGAAGACAAAAAAUUCUACGUAGACAUACUGUUGAUCAGUGUGUUAAUUACUAUGAAUUCUAUUGGUGAAUAUUUCCAAAUAAUUUAGUAUGGCAGACACUGUAAACAAAUUAAAAAUGUUUUCUCGACUAGGCGUUUGUAAUAAUGUUGUUUCCUAAAUUUCAAAAAAUUCUAGAAAAGUUGACUAUUGUUUAUGAUGUAAAUUUUGGAAAUGUCGGUUUAUAUUUUUGUUUUCUAAAAUUAUCAUUAUGUACAUAAGAACUAUGUACCAUAUACGUACAUGUUUUAAUUUGUUGAUUUUUAUUUUAUAUUCUUGGAAACUAUUGAAUAAAAUGAAUAUUGAGGAGUGAGAUAUAUUCGGAA